ACAUUGAAUGCUAUUUAUGUAAUCAUAGACCUUCUCAUGUCACCUGGAACUGUUUUGAUAGUCGCUAUUUUACUAAGUCUCCUUGUAUACUACUUUAGCUCAAUUGCCACAGGCAGCAAACAAUUAGUGGCAAAAUUACGAGUACAAAUCGGUGUUGAAGGCAAAGACAAAAUGUUCCUGUUGAAAUUAUUACAAGACAGAGUGAAACAACUCCCUGUGGAUGCUCAGCUUGAAUACAAAGCCAGUCUGACUAAUCCUAAAUCUGGUGAACAUAACGGAUCAGCAUUUGCCGCUAGCCAUAUGAACGGCGUGUAUGGUUCGGAUGUUAUACGAUCUACAGCAGCGAUUGAAGCUGAUAUUGAUGACUACGAUCACCACCAAAAGUAUUCUUAAUUACAAUGUUUGUUACUUACGUUUUUGUAAACGUUACAUUUCUCUGAUAAAACAAUGUGAAAUGUGGG